CUGUAGCCAUGAACGCUGCUGCUAUCAUUUUUAUUGCUUUUGCUGUGUUCCCAUCUAAUCUCGCUAUUACAGCCGACGAGUGCAUUGCGAAAACUAAGAUUGAAGAAGACAAUUUGAGGACAGUGCUCUUAUUUUACAAAGAAGCUUUCGUUCUCAAUGAUAUCACCGCCGUAGACAGAUACAUCAGCAGCGAUUACAUUCAACAUAAUCCGAAUGUCGACGACGGUCAACAACCACUCAAAGAUUUAAUUCUGUCGAUAAGUGGUGCCACAGAGAAACAAGAACCUCUUGACAUUCGUCACACAGCCGUCAAUAAAGAUAUGGUUUGGCUUCACGUAAAAAUGACUGGCGAUAAUAACGAGUCGUGGGCUGUAAUAGACAUUUUCCGUGUGAAGGAUGGCAAAAUUGUGGAACAUUGGGACGUGAUUCAGGAGGUCCCAUCACUUUCGAAAAGUAAGAAUUUGCAUCCGAUGUUCUAAUUGGAUUUCUUGAUAAAUUUUGUUUCUUCAUUGU